CAGCGGGCGUGGCUUAGGUCAGUACGGCGGCGAUGCCAUGGGCACGCCGCCCUAUUGGUCACCCCUGUUAGUAGGAGGGCGUGACAUUGACGGCAUUUGACCAAUGACCAAUCUGAGAUCGCUCGGCUCACGCACCCACCCGUCGUCCUCGACGGGAGCAGCAAGUGUCGUCGGCCGUGUUAGGUGUGGGUCCUGGGAGGCUGC